GGCAGGGCUGGCUGGGUAGGAACCAAUCUCCCGCCCAACCGAAUCGCGGGCGGGCGGGGCGUCUGUGCCGGAGCCCUGGAAAUCCCGUUUAACUUCGCUCUUCAGGGCGGAGCUUCGUGAGAGAGUCCGCCACGGGGUCUCCCGGACUCGCGGGUGGCAGGGCCAGCGUGGUGGAAUUGACCCCACAACUGGGGGCCUCCCUAGGGCCUGGUUACGCAGGCCUGAGGGGCGGAGUCAGCGCGAGGGGCGGGGUCAACGUAAAGGGGCGGAGCCUUGUUAGAACGCCGCUCUAGGGGCGGGGUCGAAGGCGGAGCUAGGCGGAGGCAGGCGGAGUCAGACGGCAUGCACGCGGCGGCUUCAGACCGAGCCCGAGCCCGGGUCCGGGAAGGUGCGGGCCCCGCGGGCGAUACACGCAGCUCAGAUCCACGCGUUGCGCGAGCACAGCAUGUCUCUGGGAGCGGGGGAGACGCCGCAAUCCUGGACCGAAGGCCUGGAAAUCAGCAUACGUUCGCCCUCAGUGUGCCGUUCCCGUCCCCCUUGGAGGCAGAGAUCGCCCGUGCAUCCCUGGCCCCAGAUGUGGAACCUCACGGAGAACUGGUUCAGAAGGAAUUAGCUGUGGACGGUAGCGUCCUAGUGGUCCACUGGAGAGCUGAAGAUUCUCGCCUCCUUCGAACUUCCAUCGUGAACUUUCUUGACCAGCUUUCCCUAGUGAUACGGACCAUGCAGCGCUUCGGGCCCCCUCUUCCCCGCUGAGCCUGGGCUGGGAAAAGGGGGGGCUGAGGCCCAACCUUGUAUCCAGGCCCUCAUCUUUUCUUUGUACUGGCCCUUGGAUAAUUGUGGUCCACUUGUUUUGUUUGGUGCUUAAGUGUUUGUCACUACAGCAAAUAAAAAUGAGCUUCUCUCCC